AUGUUGCUGGAUUUGAUCCAAACGGUGCAUGUCGAUGUGUUCCAUCCGAAUCCUCAACCCAAAUCUUACACCAUACCUGCACCCAAAACGACGAAACCGUGGAUGAGCAGCUCGAAGCUAAACUGCCGCGGCGGCAACUCGCCCGGCCCGCUGGAGGCCAUCUUCUUCGGGCCGCAGGUCGGCAGCGGUGCCAAAUGUGGCGGUGGGUCGGCCGGCCGGCUACUGCACGCUCGGAACGUUCACAAAGAAAUCUGUGCCUUGCUGCUGGGGGCGCUGGAAUCGCUCCGCCUGUCGCUGCAGGAGUUCUGCACCGUACUGCCCCACCAGUGGACAGCGCUGACCGGCUCGACGCCCCUGUCCAAUCUCGACACCGAGCAAAGACUGAGGAAGCUGUCCGAUUCGGCAAAGCUCCUAGACACUGAGGAUGAUCUGGCCGCACGGGCCAACUCGGACAUUGCGCAGCUUUGCGCCGAGUGUAUACUGUACUGGCGGCGGGUACUAUCGGCUGCCACGCAGCCGGCCGUACAUGGACUGCUGGCAAAGAAGCACCAUACGCUGCGUGUGCGACGCUUUGCCGAAGGGUUCUUCGUGAUCGAUAACCCCAGACAUUUGGCCAGUGGAUGUUACGAUUCGAACUACCAGAACUACGUCUCGAUCUGCGAGAUGGCUCGACGGUCGCGCUAUCUGUCCUCCUUGCCGCCGCUGCCCGUGCACUGUACACCGCUCGACGGGGACGCCAACUCGUUGCCGCUCAUCUUUGAGGAUCGUUACACCGACGCGAACGAGUACGGCAAGCGCAGAUCGGGCAGUGAGCCUCACCUCAACGGGACCGGUGCGCUGGCAUCCGCCAGCAGUACCGGAACGCUGGUGAAACCCGCCAAGCAGCAUCACCACCCGAACAAGAUCGCCCCGAUCGUGACCAACACCAGCAAAGAAUGCUCCUGUGGCAUCGCGACCUGCUACGUCGAGCCAGUGCCCAAGAUUUGUGGCAGCUACAUGGGCAUCAUGACGCCCCGGUAUGCGCUCGGGGGCGAUAUUCUGCAGGCGAGCCUUACCAUCACACCGGCCGCUGCUGCCUCCCAGAACGGGCUCUGUCCCAAGGCACUGUCGCGCCACUCCGUCUCGACGCUGCUCGAUCCUGUCCCGCUGGCGGAGGUGUGCCCGUGGGAUCAGCAGUUCAAGGGCAUCUACACCGAGCGCGGCCCGUCGAGUGGUCUGGCCGGUGGUACCCUUCCGACGCGUCACAGCAAAUCGCUCGAUCAGCUAGAAAUACAACCGAACGCUAACUCGGCAUCGCUACCGCGGCAACAUCUACACGGUACGGCAACGCAGCAGCAACAGGUAGGACCUCCACUUCAUCAUCAGCCGCAGCAACGGCAACCGAUGAUGUACCAACAUCCCGGACAGCAAACCCAGCAACAGCUGGCUGGCGGCAUAGCGCUACUUCAGACACUUCCCAAGUCGAAACCCAAGAACCCGGUCCAGGCGGAAGAUCUGCUGAAGAACAUCAACGAGUUUCGCGAGAAGUACAAGAACCCGGGCGAUCCGCGCAAGAUGAUCCAUGCCGGUGGUACCGCCACCCACAACCCUACCUACGAUCUGCAGCAAGACGCACUCGGCAUGUCGGCGCUGCUGAACGGGUACGCCAAACCCACCACCACCGGUGACUAUCGGCACGAGCUGAAGCAGUCGCAGCAGGGGAUGCACAACGCGCCCCACCACAACAACCACCGUGACCAGGGCCAUGGGGGUGGUCCGAUCGGUUCCACGCCGGCGGGCAGCUACUACAACUCGCUGCCCAAGGGCGCCGGCAUGGGAGCGCCCCGGAGUUCCUUCCCGCCGGUACGUAGCAAAAAGCAGCAACAGUCCAGCUCCACCUCGCUACCCACCAAGUCGGCCUCGAACACGAUCCCACGCAGCAACUCGUCCCAGCAGCUGCGCCAAAGCACCCAGAACGGUGCCCAAUCGGGUGGGGCCGGCGGUACGGUGAACAGUGCCACCCUGCCGCACCGUUCGGUGGAGUUUUCCCGCAUUCGUGUGGCCGACUUUAAGCAGCUCGUGCACGGGCAGCAGCAGCGACGGAGCACUUCCAACGGUAGCACGCACAAGAUUGGUGGCCCUGGCAGCGGCAGUGCGGGGACGAAUGUGGGACGAGAUUCGAGCAGCUCGGCUACGAGUCCGGAAAUUACCCCGCGCACACGCAACAAGCAGCGCCGGCUGCUUUCGUCCGCCAGCGUCCCGUUUCAGUUGGAAAAUCUGGAGCUCGAACCGGUGGGCGAUGCGGUGCCGGGUGUCGCCGGCGUUGUGACCGGAGCGGGCGGGUUUAGCGAGAGUCUUCCGAAUCUUGCACCUCCGCCGGCCGCUUUCGCUAGCGAUUCACCGCCCGCAGUCCGGGUGGGUUUCGAGCCGUCGCAGCACGGGACCCUCCAGCCCGGACACGUUGCGCAACGAUCAGCGCGUGGUGAACGGGGAGCAGCUGCGCAAGCGCUUGCUGAAGCUGUUGAACGAGCAGCCUCGCUUGGUCGCGAAUCGCAAGAACAGCACACCGUCCUCGACGACCGAGUUCUUCGCGCGCAGCAAUCAGAGCUCGAUGAAGUCCAAGUCGAGCUACGCGCCGGGCGAUAUGAUCCGCGGCGCUUCGGUGCAGACGGAAAACUGGAACAACCUCGAGAAGGAGUGGAACGAUACGCGAGCCCGUGCGCUAACCAGCGCGGCAAGCGGUCCGUACGGGAUGGUCAGUGGAAAGCGUGCUCCCGAGCCGGCGGAAACGACGGCCCGGGAAGGUAUCAGCACGGCCGACAUAAACCACCGCGGCGCACGAACAAGAAGGAAAAAUCCAAAUCCGACUUCGAUCUUGCCCACAUCUCGGACUACGUGUUCGAUGAUUUGCGACUGCUGCCGCCACAACAGUUCCGGGACGUACCGCCGCCGCCGGAUGAGUUCCGCGAUCCUCCCUCGUUCGUGGACGACGGUUCGAGCAAGCGCGCUAAGGAUGGAGCGAAAAAGCAAGCUGCACCCGUGCUGCCUCCUCCCUCCAACAUUCCUUCCCAGCCCGAGCGUCAGAAGAUUGCGAAAGAGGAGCAAAAGCAGCAGCCUGUGCCACCGAUCCCGCAACAACAGACACAACAGCGCCAACAGAUCCAGUAUUACGCCACGCUGCCGAAAAGCCAUCCGCCGGUACCGAUGACUCCGCUGUCCGUCAUAUUUCAGCCGCAGAUCAUUACGGCACCUCAGCCCCAGCAACACUAUGCCACUCCCCAGGCUCUAAUGCAGCAGCAGCAGCAGCAGCAGCAACAGCAGCAGCAUCAUUACAGCAAACCACUGAACAAUCAGGCCUACAUGGGACCGGGCUCGACGCAGCCCACACCAAAGCCCAAGUGCGAGGUACAGGCGAUCGAUAACCCACUCUACCACAUCUACGAGGUGGUAAAGACGCCCCGUCCCGUCAUGAAAUCGCAAAGCUCGAACGAACUGGCCGCCAUUGCAAAGUGUGCCGAAACGCUGAACAACGCGAACGCCUCCAACCUGUGCACCGUGGCCGUGGCAACGCAGAUGCAGCAGGCCCACCAAGCACCGAUCCUACACAACGGCAAGGCACAGUACGGACAGGCGACGAUGGCGUCCACGGUCGAGCGGAAAGCGUCGGUACGCGAAACACCGCCAACACAACCGCAACCGACCGUUGAGCCGACCGUCGGGACCGUCGGGUCGGUACGGCGCAAGGUACCCGAGCCCGACGACGACCUGGACGAGGAGAGCCCGGACCGCAAGCGGGUCGAUCCGCCGAUGCAGCUGCUCGAGUUCGAAAAGUGCCGCGAAGAGUUCCGGAAGCAGAUCAACUACUCCGGCUCGAUCUAUUCCGAUUUCCAGAAGAUGGCAUCGGAGAUGCCGUACUUUCACAUCGCGGACGAGUUUCGCGCCUUCUCGCCGGCAGGGCUGCAUCUGGUGAUCUGUGUGCACGGGCUGGACGGUAACUCGGCUGAUUUGAGGCUGGUGCGCACCUACCUGGAGCUCGGGCUGCCCGGUACGCAUCUGGAGUUUCUGAUGUCGGAACGGAACCAGGGCGAUACGUUCUCCGACUUCGACACGAUGACCGAUCGGCUGGUGGCGGAGGUCCUGUACCACAUCGAAACAUAUCAGCUCAACCCGAGCCGCAUCUCGUUCGUGGCCCACUCGCUUGGCACUAUCAUAGUGCGGUCGGCGCUGGCACGCCCCCAGAUGCGGCCGCUGCUGUCCCGGCUGCACACGUUCCUGUCACUGUCCGGGCCACAUCUCGGCACGCUGUACAACUCGAGCGGGCUGGUCAAUAUGGGUAUGUGGUUUAUGCAAAAGUGGAAAAAGUCCGGCUCGCUGCUGCAGCUGUGCUUGCGCGAUGCAGCCGAUCCACGCCAAAGCUUCCUCUAUCGGUUGAGCCAGCGAAGCACGCUGCACCACUUCAAGAACGUGCUGCUCUGCGGAUCGUCCCAGGAUCGGUACGUGCCACCGCAUUCGGCCCGUCUAGAGCUAUGCAAGGCGGCCGUCCGUGAUCAGUCGAACCUUGGGAUCGUCUAUCGUGAAAUGGUGCACAACAUCAUUGCACCGAUGCUGGCCAGACAGGAUCUAACGCUCGCCCGGUUCGAUGUGCACCAUGCGCUACCACACACGGCCAAUGCGCUGAUCGGUCGGGCGGCUCACAUAGCCGUGCUCGAUUCGGAGCUGUUCAUCGAGAAGUUCCUGCUGGUGGCGGGUUUGAAGUAUUUCAGCUAGCCACUGAACGUAAGCAGCCGAUGACGAAACGGAACAUCCGUUCGAAGGGGAUAAAGGAUAGUAGGGGACUUGAAACAAGAGACACAAAUUACAAUUUUACGACACGAAUGGCAGUAACGUACAGUUCAUUCGUUGAACUCUGCGAAUGACAAAGGAACGAAAUCAUUUUUACCCAACAUAAAACAAAACAAGGUGUUAGGAUGUGUAAGAACGUGAAAUGGUGUGUGAACAUUUAACAAAACUACUUUUUUAAUUACUCGGUACUCGGCAGUCAAAAUAUAGCUUAAGUUAAGUAUGUCGUAAGUGAAACGCAAGAUACGAAACGACAAAAGGGAUUAAGCAGCAAAACUUACGGGCAGCAACACAAAAGCAAAACACACCUGAGAACGAUUUAAAAAUCAAUCAACAGGGUUAGAAUAGCGCUGCAACGAUGCAACGGGUUAAUGUUACACGAAGUAAACUGUUGAACUUGAUUACUCAGUACAUAAGAAGAGUCUGCAGAAGCGAAAAAAAAACGGAUUAUAAAAUGUUUAAAAUGCAGCCAAUACAAAUCAUUCUUUAUCACUGCCGCCAAAUCGUUUCGAAGGAAAGGGAACACUCAUUCCCUGCAUUGAGUACAGGCCAAAUGAUGGUGUGAAGUUUUAUAUUGCAAAGUGCAUUUCUUUUCUUUAAGGUUUAUUUUCUGUUAUUAAAUUUGUGUGUUUUAUGAAUGGACCAGUGUGAACAAAUUGAACAACAGAUCAAAACCAAUCAACCAUACAAAUCUACGAUUAGAGAUAAGUGGUGUCUAUCAGUGGCAUAUACAGUGUGUGUGUUUAGAAACGGAAAUCAAAUUAAAAUAACAAAACAAAAAUGAAAGUAAAAUCAAACGUAGCACAAAAGGAAGAAGAUAGGAACAAAGGCAAAAAUCAUCUUUCUCCAUUACUUAUUACCGUCUUUCUCUGUCCUACCAACUGAUUCCCUGUUUGCUCUUUCCCUCUUAAACCCCUCUCUCAUACAAAAACUCUGACACAACAAUGCGGAACACAUGCGAAAAUUGAGACUGAAUUAGUUUCGAUACUUAAACGAUACUGCUUUCUUUAGCUGAUUCCUUCGCAUUAAGACAGUUUCAGGAUGGCAGGCCGAGCCCUUAGGGAGCGCGAUGAACUUUUUACUUUAGAUAGAUGAACGUAGUAAAGUGUUUUAAAGAUAUUAAAGUAUAGCGCUCUCCUCAAACAAUGAAUUAAAGCAGGAUGGUGCAAAAUUGACAAAAAAUAACUUGCUAUUAGCCAUACUUCGGAACGAUAUUUCAAAACGGAAGAUAAUGUGUAUGUUCAGCAAAUAGGCAAGUACGAUUGUGGUGGGUAACAUUAAGCAAAAAAAAAAACACGUAAUCAAACACUUGCACUAGGUUAGAUUAAUAUCAUCGAGUACAGGGACAUACUGAAAGACACACACUAUCUUUACUUUACACGAAAAAAGAGGGAAAGAAAUUAAAAGUUGAAUGAUGGAGAAUGGAGCAUAGUUAUAAGAUAGAAAUUUGUAUGUUUUUUUCGAAUAUUUUUAUAUUUGUAUGUUUGUUUUUAUUUUUCUAAAUCAGCGGGUAUUGGAUCUAGAUAACUGCUAUAAACAUAACAAAGAUGGACAACACUACCACAACACUAGUUUGUUAAGCAGUUUGCCUAACUUUGCCACUCCAAUCGGCUGCACUAUGAACUUCAAUCAAAAGCAGCCUGCGAGGUAUGCAAUGUGCACGACAUGAGGAUAAGCAUUGCUUUGCACAUCAAAUCUUCAAUCAAUUUGAGUUGCUGCUUACUUGUCUUUUUGAAACGCAACAUCAGACGGUUUUUCUUGCAUUGUGUUCAUCGUACUGCGUAAACGUAAUCGGAGAAAUAUUAAAAGAAAAGAAAAACGGAAAAGCCCCGAAAGAAUCCCAAACAUGCUGAGAUGGAAUACUUUUUAAAUAGAUGGCUGUAAACUCUCACGUAUGUAGGUGUAUCGUUUUUAGUUAUUGCCAGUUUUGUAUAUUGUCAUGAUAUAGAUGAAAUAGUCAAUUAUACGAUAAUUAGUGUGCAGAAGGAGUAAUGCAAAAAGCCAUACCGAACGAAAGACAUGAUUGAUGCAAUGAAAGGAAGCGAUUUGUGAUCUGUAUGAAAAUGGUAAAGGAAAGUUUAAAGGAAAAGUCUGUUUCUUUUUCUUUCUUUUGUUUAGAACGCUACUGUGUACUACUUUCGUGGUAUUUUGUAUAAGCGUAGAAUACACAUAAACACCAAUUUCAUACCAAAAAUAAACCAUAAAAGAAAAUAAUGGCGCAGCAGAUAUACGAAUGAGUAAGGAAAAGGAAAGUUGAUAAACGUUGGUUAGCAUAAGGGAAAAUAAUUUGAAAAGAAAAUGAUUAACCCAAAACAAAUUCACAAACGGAUUUGGGUUAUUGUACGGAUGAAACUGAAAGUAGAAAAUGUAAGAGUAGCUGAAUGGGAAAUGGUAAGAAUAUUAAAAGCUAUAGUAUAAUUGUUUUCGACAGGAUUGCAAACCAAAGGAAUAGUGACCAAAGAUGAUAGAAUGAACCAACAACAACAAAAUAUUAACAAACGCACAGAAACACAAACUCCUAACACGAAAAGGUUGCAAGCCAUGUUAAACGAUGGGUUUCGAGAACGAUUGCUGGGAGAGGAUGAAGGAGGGAGGAGGUGCGAGGAAUGAGGGGGAACUUUUCAAUCAAGAUAAGAUAGCUACCCCCUUCUACCACCCUGUUAAAGGACGUUGAUGUGUUGGAAAUGAUGGAAUUGUUAUUGUUCGUGUGAAAGACCUGGACAGAAAUUGACUCUAUUGCUCGGUUCGGCUACCACGCAUGUAUACCGCAUGCGUUUCCCAUUUAUAUUUUCUAUCACCUAUGUACUGUUGAGCGUUUACAAAAAGAAAACUGUUGGAAUCAUAUAGUGCGUGUUGAUUAAUAGUGAUUUGAUAGCGGAUUGUUCUUAAGCAUUAAAGCAAUGCUGGAAGCUAUUCUAUGCAAUACUCCCAAUAGGAUUGAAUUAUUUGAAAAUCCUGAAAUGCAAACCUGCCGAGUGGUAGUCUUGUUAGAUGAACCUAAUAAGCUAGUUUCGUUAAAUAACGCUACAUGCCAUGCGGUUUGCAUAUCUUUAGGCGUGAAAUAGCGUAUAAAGAUCUGUACAGCCGUUGGCAUGGUUACAACGCUAGCAAGGCUGUACAGCCGUUAGUAAGGCUGUUGUUUCUCUUCUGCCUCAGGCCUACUUACACUUGGCUAUGAUUGCCCGACUUUCCUGUUUCAGUUCCACUCACAAUUUCAGGAUCAUGCAAGUUAUGACCCACUAUCCCUUCCAUUUUAAUUGUGCCGUGACACAUCCAAACAAAUUGACGGUCAAUACAUUUCAGGAAUGUUACAAUGCAUGGAUCUAGCUGGGGAUUUGAAACGCAAUAACAGUGAUGUGAUCUGAACAUGGGCGAUAAGGGCAAUCCAGGUUACGGUUAAGCGGAAGUGAUGAUUAGUCUAUUUGCGGUUGGUAUUGAGCAUGAGCAUUGAGACCAGUUGCGAGCACAAAACGAUGGUUGAAAAAUAAACAAAAAAGUAUAAAUAUAAAUGCAGCGGCAGUGAUGGUGGGAUAUGCAGUAUAGUGAAGGAAUAUUUAACAAAAUAAAAGAAAACACAAUCCUCCAUACACAGUAACGAAGCUAACCAUGAUAUUAUAAAAUCAAGUUUUAUGAAGCUAAACAACCACAAUAGAUGAGAGAAAAAAGGAAAACCUAUAAUCAAACAAAUAGAGCGUAAAACCAAAUAGAACUCACAACCUAUUUAACGUAACGGAACUAAACUAAAAGAAAUGUGACCCACUAACCACACUCAGUAGCAAAAUGGAAAAAUAUAGUUAACUAGAAGAAAACCAGAUGAAGCGAAUGAAAUAACAUUUAUAAAACGCGAAAAGACACAAAUGAGAAAACGAAAAUACACAAACGAAGGGUGGGUUGUACAAUUGUUCUUAAGUUGGGAAAGUACAUUUAAAGAAUCGUAAACACAUAAAACCCAAGAUAAAACAAACUCAUUACACACUAAACAGAAAACAAAUGACAUAGAUAAAAGUUACAUUAACCAUCGUAGAAAAAUGCAGUAAGGUAUCGACAAAAAUUUGAUUGAAAAUUAUUUAGGUUUUUCAAAAUCGUAACGUUAUUGAACCUGUUUAUUGUUUAUUGUUCUACCAAACCUGGAAUUAAAAGCUUACAUAGGUAAAUGGAACACCAAGACAAACAAAACCAAAAACACCCAGGAAAGUCCUUUAGUUCAGCGAUAAUAAAGAAACAAAAAUCGGAGAGCUUGUAACUAAUCAAAUCAAACAGGACUGCACCAAAAAAAAAGAGCGUGGGAAUUGGCAAAGAAAAACGAGCAACAGAAUGCAGCGAUGGGCGAAGCAUGGCAAAAGUAUGAAGCUGCUAGAUUUCAUUUAUCAUACAGGUAGAUGCGAACCUUGUGUUAAGACAAAUGAGACAAAAAUAAAACUUUAUUCAAAAAAGUA